GGUCAAUUAUCUCAUCUAAAGGUCAACGGUUGUCGCAAAAUGGCGGAUAGGGAGUGAGAAUUUCUGCAAGGACAAUCGACGAUGUUUUGAAAGUUUAUUACACUGUUCAUCCGUAUCUUGCGCAUUUUAAGCGCUGGAAAAUAUCCUGAGGUCAUGAAGGAUAGGAAGAGGCGAAGCAAAGGGAGAACAUGGGUCGAAGCAGCGCGCAUGGUUCUAGAGAAGCAUCCCAAGACUCCCAUGAGUUACAAGGAGAUCCUUCGUGAUAUCCAGGAAUACACACUCAAAGACAUCAAAAGUGGUACACAGCCCCUUGCCUGCCUGAAUGCCAUGCUGCACUCAGGAUCCAGAGGAAAGGACAGUGCAUUCUACAAGGUGGGAGGCUUGAUGGGAGUCUAUGGGUUAAAGACUGAUUUGCCUAAGGAAGCUGCAGCCAUGUUAGAGAUGCAAACUGAAGACGGAACAGAUGUCUUCAAUACUCAGACAUCUGAUGAUACCAACGCUGAUGGAUCUGAGAAACCUUAUGUACCUAUCAAGAAAAGACCUGUGUGUGUUCUCCCAGAGAGGGCUCACUUCGCCAUCCCAUCCUGCGAGCGUUUCAAGCGAGAGGGUGGCUUUGACCUGGGUAGUGGUAGCAGCAGUACGACCAACGGCAGAGCAGACUCCAGGUUAAAGACUGAGAGGAAAGAGGAGAAGGAGGAAGAGACCGGACAGCAGAUGUUCCGUGUUCAUAGUCCCCCAUCAUCAUCAUCAUCACAUAGACAUAGACGGAAGCAAACCAUUAUACCACGCAUCAUACUUAAACCAUUGAAACCACCUGAUAAAGCUGACGGGAGUUAUUUUCUACAUGUUCCUUCCCAAAGUGACAACAAUGAAGUUGACAGUGCCAAACCAAGUCCCGAUGUAGAUCAUAGACUUCACAUGUUACCAAGGUCACAGACUAUUAGUGAAAUCCUAGCCUCCCUUCCAGGCUUCAGUGGAAAGCCAAGACGGAGACACAAGAAAAACAAGAAAUAUGGCGCAUCACCUUUCCUGGACUUUAGGAGGAAACCACAAGUUGACCUAGAAACCCCCAACUCUGUUCUUGCCAAUGUUAAUUUAAAGAAUCUGAUAAACAAGCACACAUUUGCUAGCCUUCCCCCUCAUCAUCAACAUAAACUCUUAAAGAUGCUCGCUACCAAUGACAGACAUAAAGGACCUGAUAAUUGUCUAAGAUUGGGAGCUUCAGCAUUGGACAAUGAAUUCUUUGCCCGGGCCUGUACAAAGUGGCGUGAGCGUCUAGCCAGCGGGGAGUUCACACCUGAGUCUCAAACCAAACUAAAAGCUGAACUGGACAAGGAGAGGGCCAAGGUAGAUCCUUGGAAGACUAAGCACUUUGAACCAGUGUGGGGCCAAUCAUCUGUACCUGAACUUCAGUCCAAUUAUUCCAGUCCUACAAAGUCUGCCAAAACACCACCAAAGAUACACAAAGCCUCGUCCUCUUCAACGUCAGUUUCGUCGACAGCGUCAGCGUCCGUGUCAAGCUCGACAAAAUCUGCACCGACCAAGCCUCAGAAGCACAUUGUUAAUCACAGAGUACAAGAACCACAAGCAAAGAUCAUCCUUAAGAUCUCCGUACCCAAAGACGGCGUCGCAGGAGGAGUGUCUAUCCUCAAGAAAUUGUCAAAGACUAUCGGUAAAGAGAGGAGUUCAAGCAGUAGUAGCAGUAGUGUGAUAAGUGGUAGCAGUUCGUCAUCGCAGAAAGCAAAAUCAUCCACAUUGACUACAACAAGUAUUGCUACUGCAAGUCCUGCUCAGUAUUCAUGCAGUACCUUGCUGUCGACGAUGGCCGCUGCAAGUCAGCGUCAGCAGGCUGCAGCCGGAGGACCUAAGGUCGGUGAGGUCAAGAGAUCUGGUCAGCUGAUACCACCUGAUCUGUCUGUCAAGCGUCCAUCAGAUUCAGAGGAGUCGCCCGAAAAGAGACAGAGAGUCGACUCUGAUGCUUCGCCGAGCGGCUCGUCCAAGACCAGGACUCUGGCUCAGAUUAAGAGCCAGGCACAACUCAAACCGGUCCAGUCUCAAACAAGAACGCUCGCGCAGAUAAAAGCUCAGAUGGCCGUCAAGGCCCAUCAAGGACAGACACGGACAUUGGCGCAUAUCAAAGCACAAACUUCAGCCAAGGUACAUGCAAGGUUGGUGCCUGGUAAUGCACAAGGUGCUGCAAGACCUUCAGUACACUCACCAGCCAUUUUAGGUCGACCUCGUGCUACAUCGCACAACUGGAUGAAUCUUAAAUCCAUUGUGCCAAGCAAUGCUACAUCCGUAACAGGAGGUGUUGGUGCCAGGAUGCACAUAGAAGGGUUACAAGGACAAUCUAAAAGUGGCUCUCCAAAUAAAGUCUUGACCGUCACAGUUUCAAACUCCACCCCCGGCCAACCCGUGAUACAGACGGUCAAACCUAUUAUCAUCAAGACACAGCCUGGAUUGAGUGUUGUGCUAGUCUCACAGUCAAACAUGAGUCUACUACCCGGCAAUGCUUCAAGAGUAGUGCAAGGGAAUAGUCAGCAGUCGAGUCUAAAAACCACAAACUCUGUAGCGACAUUGGUUUCAAGUAAAGUAGGCAAUAAUUCAAAAACAGUGACAUAUAUAACGCUACCUUCUAGCAAAGCUGUAGCUAGUGUAACUCCGCCCAGUACCGUCACCAGUGGGUCAUCCAAUGCCUCGCGAGGGAAUCAGAGCUCAGUUCCUACUCCUGGGAAGGUGGCGCAAAUAUCCUCUGCAAGCACUGAAAACAGAACAGUCAAUUUAGUUCAUGGGAGAGUAAGUAUAGCUAAUGGUGCGAUGCACACAUCCACCACCGUUCAGCUCCCGGGCAAGGACUCCCUCUCAACGCACAGUCAGCCUACGGUCGCUAAAGUGGUCCCCCUCUCCAACAACAACUCAACGGUGCAGAACACCGUCUGCUCCUGUCAGAGCUCCGUUGUCAUGUCUGGCCCGACCACAAGUAAGAGCAGUAUACUGCCCUCUGGUGGCAAGGAUAGUCCAGACGGCAGCUCCAGUCUGGCAGGUAAAUGCACCUGUCGUCUCAAGGCUAUGGUUAUGUGUAAAGGCUGCGGAGCUUUCUGUCAUAAUGAUUGUAUAGGUCCUUCUAAUCUAUGUGUAUCAUGUCUAAUAAGGUAACAAGAUAGGUAUUUAUAGUUCUUGUUGGUAGAUAAGCAUUCUGGACACGGGGCUGUUGUAUUUUCAUGAAAUUUGUGAUGCAUUUUUUCAAAAAGCAUGUGUUCCAAAGUAAUGAUAGGAAAAAAUCAAGUAGGGAUAAAAACCUUUUAAUGAUUAACUGGAUACAUUUCCUUGUUUGAAUGAUGUCUGGAAGAGUUUUAAGUGUCCUUUAGGCUAACGGGCACGUCAUGAACCGCCUUUGGCUGCAUUUUGAAAGAAAUUGUAAAAGGAUCAGUAAUGCAAUUACAGAGAUGAAAUUUCUUGAUUAAAGGCCUAAAUUGUAAUAUGUUUUGUAGUUAAAGGUAAAGAUCAGUUUUGGAAACGCCCCCCUCUCAAAAAUUGAAAU